AUGCACACAAGAUUCACUUCUAUCGUAAAUGAGCUACACUCGCUUGGUGAAAUCAUUCCUAGGAACAAGCUCGUGAGGAAAGUUCUCGUUGUUUUGCCCAGUUCAUGGGAGAGUAAAGUGAAUGCCAUUACUGAAGCAAAGGAUAUGCAGGAGCUGACCAUAGAUGAGCUAGUUGGAAAUUUGAAAACCUACGAAAUGAAGAAGGAGAAGGACAGUGAUAGUUCUAUGAUGGCAGUUGAAAGUGAAGCAAAUGAAUACGAUUCAAUAUUUGCUUUAAUGGCUCAGUCAGACAAUGAUGAAGAUGAUGACAAUGAUGAGGAUGCCUUAACCAUAGAGUUAGGAGAUGCUGAACAAAUUAGAGAUGACCUGAACAUGAAAGAUGAUUUGAUGGUAGUAGCUGUUGACUUAAAAGAAACCAUCCAAAAUUUCAGUAAAGAAAAGAAUGACUUAGUGGAGAAAGUUGAUGCCUUAGAACAAGAAAGAGAUGACCUCUUAGUUGUGAUUAUAGACUUGAAGGAAACAAUAGAGGAACUCAAAGCAGAAUGUAAGCCUAGAAAUUUUGAUAAAGGAAAAGAAGUCGCUAGUGAAGCACAUAUCAAGCUUGAAAACGAGUUAAAUGCUGUAAAAACUAGUUUAUGUGCUGAACUUGAGAAAAAUAGACAACUUCAAGCAGAUUUGGAAAGAGUAAAAAAUGACCUUGAAAAGUCUCUUAAGUAG